AUGAGCCGCUGGCCGCAGCGCCGGGACGGCCCCAACGGCACCGAGCCCGGCGCCAUGGGGCAGCGGGGCAACGGGACGGGGCGGGCGGCGGCGGCGGCGGCGGAGGAGGAGGAGGAAGGCUGCAGCGCCGUGUCGGUGGCCUUCCCGCUGACCAUGAUGAGCACGGGCAUCGUGGGCAAUGCCCUGGCCAUGCUGCUGGUGUCCCGCAGCUACCGCGCCAAGGAGAGCCGGAGGAAGCGAUCCUUCCUGCUGUGCAUCGGCUCCCUGGCGCUCACCGACCUGCUGGGGCAGCUGCUGACCAGCCCCAUCGUCAUCUCCGUCUACCUGUCCGACCGCGCCUGGGACGCCGUCGACCCCUCGGGCCGCCUCUGCGCUUUCUUCGGCUUCAGCAUGACCGUCUUCGGCCUCUGCCCGCUCUUCAUCGCCAGCGCCAUGGCCGUGGAGCGGACGCUGGCCAUCCGCGCGCCCCACUGGUACGCCAGCCACAUGAAGCCGGGGGUCACCAAGACGGUGCUGCUCGGCAUCUGGCUGGCCGUGGCCGCCUUCGCCCUCCUGCCCGUCGCCGGACUGGGCCGGUACACGCUGCAGUGGCCCGGGACCUGGUGCUUCAUCAGCACCGGUGACAGCCGCCUCACCGGCAGCCUCCUCUUCGCCUCCACCUUCGCCGUCCUGGGGCUCCUCUCCCUCGUGGUGACGGUGGCGUGCAACCUGGCCACCAUCGAGGCCUUGGUGUCUCGCUGCCGGACCAAAGCGACCGCGUCGCGCUCCAGCAAGCAGUGGGGGCGGAUCACCAUGGAGACGCUGAUCCAGCUCUUGGGGAUCAUGUGCGUCCUCUCGGCCUGCUGGUCACCGCUGCUGGUAACGAUGUUGAAGAUGAUCUUCAGCCACACGUCGUUCGAGCACUGCAAGGGAUUCUGCGGCAAAGCCCAGAGCUCGGACCUCCACAAGGAAUGCGAUUUCUUCCUGACGGCUGUGCGCUUGGCCUCGCUCAACCAGAUACUGGAUCCGUGGGUUUACCUGCUGCUCAGGAAGAUCCUCCUCCAGAAGUUCUGCCAAGCAGCCAGCGCCGUCUCCAAGUGCUCUAACAGCGAGUGGAAGGAGAGGUCCAUCACCUUGUCAGAGGAAAUCCGGCGGACGGCGGCGUGAGGGGGCAUCGACCCGCCUGCGUGGAAACUACUGCUGCCAGCGAGUAGCUUUGAACCUUGCCGUGACUUGGGGUCCCUGUAGCGUGUUAGCGUCUGCGUGAAUGGCCGAAAGGGGUGUUACUGAGUGGACUUGUAGUGCGAGUGAUUAUCUAGCCAACGUGCCAAAAAUUCUCAAAUACAGGAGGGGGAAUCGGUUUUGCUCCUACCUUCUGUUGUUAUUGCCGUUCACAAGUGAGCUGCAGAACAUCAGGUUUUGUGUGGCCAAAAUAGAGUUUGGAGGGAAUUCCCUUGCGUUAAGCUAGAAAAAAAAAAUGGGUUUCCUACCAGGGGACACUUGGAACAGAUUAAAUUAUUGAAGAGGCCCACUCUGACACAAAUUUUAAUACUAAGAUUAUCUACUUUAGAGAGUCCUUCUUCCUCCUUUUUUUCUGGAGGGACAAGGGGAGAAAGGGGCAAACCCCCCAAGAAUUAAAGGAAGACAAAACGAAGAGACUUCAUUUGGAUUUCAGUGGCUUAAAACUGAAGAGGUUGUGUUGUACCAAUGUUGGUACAUCAUUCUCUUUCGAGAACUGCAGGUAGCACGAGUCUCAUGACACAGGGAUUUGUCCUGAUAAAUACCCGUUCUGCGUGGAUGCUAAAGUCAGCUCAUCUGCUGAGGAGGAUGUAGCCUUGGGACAAAGAGCACAAGUGAGAAAUCUAUGAUUUUUUUUUUUUUUUUUUUUUUUUUUAAGUAGCAGCCUGUGAAUUACCCAGGCAUAACAAGAAUUGCUGUUUGCAAAGCACACUAUAAAACUACUUUGAGCAGAUGGAGAGAGUGAUAAACAGGUUGUAAGAGACAGUAAAUGUUCUUCUUCCUGUAGAUUAAUGGCAGAGGUUUACAAAGCCAGAAAUACUGCCUUCAUAUGAGUUGUUUUAUCUGGAAAUGCACAUGUCCAGGAAGAAAAAGAACAUCCAGCAAUUUUUAAGGAACGGGGAUGCUGCUCAAAACUUCUUCAUCACUAAAAUGUCCUACGAAGUGGCCAGAAUACUAGCCCCAAAAUAGUUUAUUUCUUCUUUCCUCCAAAAAGACAAAUCUGAGAAGUAUGGCAGUUUUUGGAAUUUUGAACAUAAAGCAGACUGGAAGAGGUGGGUAGAAGUGUGUGCGUUAGUCAGCUCUUUCCCCCAGGUAACUUCCAGCUUUUAUUAGAAAACUGAGUUCUAAUCCAUUUGUGUCACAUCCGGAGGUUAUUUUUAGAAGGGCUACCUUUAGUCCUUGCUUUCUUCACCCUUCUGUGGAUGAUUAGCCUCCAGUGUCUCCUGUUUCAUGGCCUCUUGGGUGAAAUUAGAUGCAAAUACAAUAAAACGCAGAAUAUCAUAUAGCUGUACACCGCAUAGUAUCGUAUUCAGGGGCCUUAAAGGCAAGUGUAACCCUGCAUGUGCAAGGAAUUUCUUACACAGAACCUUUAUUUUUACUUCUCUUCCUUUGUUUAUAAAAGCACCUACUCAAAAGAGAAACUGGCUACUGACUUUUCUUGUUCUGCUCCCGGGUUGUCUAGUUCCUUCUCUUUGUAUCAGUCAAACAGAAAUGAUGGAUCUGACAGGAGGAACCACUCUCUGCAUAGGUAAUUUUAUCUGGGUGGCAUCUGAGUGCAACCUAAAAGCUACGGCCUUACUUGAAUUCACGAGCCAGCCUAAAACCACAGAGGCGCAUUUCGUAAGGCACUGCCUUUCUUUUGUCAGUACUCCUCGUUUUCUUCAAUUUAAUGAAACGAAUUCCUUUUCCAGUUACGAGUCGACUGGGUCCUUCAGGCCGCGGGACCCCACGCUCGGAGCCUCACAACCGCACGUGCCCGCAGGUCGACGGCGCCGCCAGCCCCGCUCCCUUUGCGGAGCGGCGCUUUGGGGGGGACACGGCGAAACACAAAUUCUACUCGUUCUCUUUGAAAAAGUGCCUUGCAGGAAUCGGGCUUCUUAAAAAUCAUUCUUUUGGAAUAUAACGAGUCUGUUCUUCUGUCCGGAGGGUUGGUAUUUUUCAGUUUACGUACGUCAGCUUUUUAAAACAAAUAAACCCAGCCGCUUGCAAAAUGGGUCGGGAUGACCUCGGCAAUUAGUCUGAACCGUGCUUGGUCGAGCCAUUUCUGAGCAGCGGCAGCGCCCGCAGAGCACAGAGCUUCCCCGGGACCCGGCGCGGGAGAGGAUCCGCGGGGAAGAGUGAGUCCAUCGCCCUCGGAUCAGCUCUUCUGUGGCGGGAGGAGGAGGGUGCUGGGCUUCCCUGGACACAACCGGUCCGAGGCGCGUAGUGAGAGAGCAGCUCCAACGUGACGUCGGCCGAGGCUGUGGGAGGGGAGCCUUGCUCGGUCCUCGGGGAGCUGGACACGGGCUCCUUGUCCCCACGCGGCGGUUUCACCCUAGUUCACUUGAAAUAAUGCUACGCCAUGCCUUGUUUCGGUGAAAUGGGACACUUCUGUUCGGAACAAAAGCAGUUCUGUCCGUCUUUCGGCGCGGUAAUACGAAGAAGCUACUGUAAAUAUCAGGAAAUGGGAAAGAAUGUCUGCUUUUAAUUUGUUUACAGAAAAAGGAGUUUAAGCACUAUUUGCCAGCCAUGGCUGCCAUAACAGGACUUGGCUGGAGGAACGCACUUUCAAAAAUGAAUUCAAAGAGCUUAACCGUAAAUGAAAGCUUUUAUUUCCCAUCUCCGUGUUUGAGUGGGAAGAUGUGUUUUUGUUGCAUUCCUUUAAAAUCUUCAUGUGAUGUAUUUAAUUCCACUACGAGUAGUAUUUCUGAUACUGGUUUUAAUAUGUUGUACGUCUGUCAAAGAUGUUCCGGGAACUGUAGUGUAUGGAAAACCAAUUUUGAGAUCACUGUUUGCCUUAAAAACGAGCUUGUCUGUGUACCAAAUCAACGUGUGCUGUAUCAGCCUGAAUAAAAGUUCGGCGGAAUAA